CCACCGCCAGCCAAACCAACCUCAAUCACCAAGACUAUUCAAAACACAAGACUUUGCCAUCGUCGUCGCGGCACAUCCUAGGCUUACCCUCCCUCCUCUUCAUUUCCGGUGGUCUUCUCUUCUUUCCCAUUUCUCUCUCCAUCCAGAACCAGAUCAUUGUAUCUCCCUGGAAGCGCACGGUCGCUGCGUCAUUCCACUGUCCCUCCUCCAUCUCUCCCACCGCUCGCCGUUGAAUCAUACGUCCUAAUCAACCAUGCCCUUCUCCUUGGGUGCAAAUGACAACCGGCCAAGGAUCGAUGGCCAUGUUCAGCCUCAGAUGUCCAGGAAGGCUCCCUUCUCUGUGAAUGCUCCUGGCUACGAGAAGAAAGACGGCGAGACCAUCCCCCGAGUCAAUCCUUUGGCCAAAGAUGGUCUUCUUGUCUACCCAUCGGAAGAAGUCAAGACCAUCUAUGACAACCUCGUUCGUGCGGCCAAAAAGUUUGGCAAUGCAAAGGCCAUCGGUUCAAGGAAAAUCAUAAAGACCCACGUUGAAAACAAAAAGGUCAAGAAGAUGGUCGACGGCGUCGAACAAGAGGUUGACAAGAAAUGGACCUUUUACGAGCUCAGCGGCUACACCUACAUGACUUUCAUUGAAUACCAGCAACUCGCUCUAGACAUCGGCUCUGGCCUCCGAGGCCUCGGUUUGACCAAGGACGACAAAAUGCAUCUUUACGGCGCCACCAGUGCACACUGGCUUGCAGUCUCUCAUGCCGCUGCGUCCCAGUCGAUCCCCGUUGUUACAGCCUACGAUUCUCUCGGCGAGGAAGGAUUAAAACACUCUCUCAAGCAAACUGGCUCCAAGGCCAUCUUCCUCGACCCCAACCUCAUCUCCACUCUCCUCCACGUCAUCAAGGACACCCCCGCCCUCAAGACUGUCAUCUACAACACUGAACCCGAUCUGAAUGAGGCUGAUCUUGAAAAGCUGAAAUCCACACAUCCAGAACUCCAGGUCGUCUGCAUUUCCGACCUGAGGAAAUCCGGCUCCGAGAAUCCUGUUGACCCAGUUCCACCGAGUCCAGAGGACCUCGCAUGCAUCAUGUACACCUCUGGAUCCACUGGGCCUCCCAAAGGUGUGACCAUUAAGCACAAGGCUGUAGUUGCUGCCAUGGCCGGUGUCCAAAGUGUAGUCGCUCCCUACAUCUCUCCCGCAGAUGCUCUCCUCACCUAUCUACCUCAGUCCCACAUCUUCGAGUACAUGUUUGAGAACGUGUGCUUGUUUUGGGGCGGCACCAUGGGUUACGGCAACCCCAAAACCCUGUCUGACUCUUCUGUGCGCAACUGCAAGGGCGAUAUUCGAGAGUUCCGGCCUACGGUUUUGAUCGGCGUCCCUGCGGUCUGGGAAAGUGUCAAAAAAGGUAUCAUUGCCAAGGUCAAUGGCGGCUCUGCUAUCACCAAAAACUUGUUCUGGGGUGCGCUUUCCUUGAAGCAGUUCCUUCUUUCCUCUGGCUUGCCUGGCACCAGCGUUCUUGAUGCCGUGGUGUUCAAAAAGCUGAAGGACGCCACCGGCGGUCGGUUGCGCAUUGCUUUCAACGGUGGAGGACCUAUCUCCCAGGAGACCAUCAAAUUCAUCAGUUAUGCCGUAACGCCCAUGAUUUCCGGUUACGGUCUCACCGAAACAUCAGCAAUGGGAUGUAUCCAAGAUCCCCUGGCAUGGGAUCCCACCGCCCUCGGUGACCUCACGGGGUGCGUCGAGGUCAAGCUGGUCGACUUCCCCGAUGCCGGUUACUACUCCACCAACAACCCUCCUCAAGGUGAAAUCUGGAUCCGUGGUCCUUCGGUGACCGAGGGCUACUUUGACAAUGACAAAGAAACCCAAGAGGCCAUCACAGAGGACAAGUGGUUCAAGACUGGCGAUAUCGGAGAAUUCAAUGCCAAUGGCCAUCUGAAAAUCAUCGACCGCAAAAAGAAUCUGGUCAAGACACUCAAUGGUGAAUAUAUUGCAAUCGAGAAACUCGAAUCGUCAUAUCGUGCCGCCCCUGUGGUGGGCAAUAUUUGCGUAUACGCCCAACCAGACAAGGCCAAGCCAAUUGCAAUCAUUGUUCCCGUGGAAGCAACGCUGCAAAAGCUGGCUGCUGCCAAUGGCAUCCAAGGUGAAUCGGUCGAGGAAAUGGCUCACGAUAAGAGAGUCAACAGUCUUGUGCUUAAGGAGCUACAGAAAGCAGGACGAGGAGUUGGUCUCAGCGGAAUUGAGAUUAUUGACGGACUAGUUAUUGCCGACGAAGAAUGGACCCCACAGAAUGGCUUCAUCUCCCCAGCACAGAAACUGCAACGGAAAAAGAUCCAUGACCGAUAUGCAAAGGAGAUCAAGCAAGCCUAUGGCUCUUGAGAUCGGUGAUGGACGGGUUUACGAGUCCGGCUGUUCAGGACGGCAGUGUCUGUCUGGCAGUUAGGGCUGCUUGGGCUUGUUAGGGGGGCCACGUUUACCUUUCGAAUGGACCAAAGUUUUUUGUGUAUGGAGUCAGUCAAAGAUACCAUCCACUCGUCUUUUUAAAACAUAGCUGUAAUAUGAAUGCCGUGAGAGUUUGGUCAGUAA